ACGUGAUGUCGUGAAGUGAAGGCUCGUCACAGAUAUGGAUGAAAGCGACGUGUCUUCGAGCGAUGGAUUAGAUCUCGUGGUCAAUGAGAUCAACGACGUCUCCCAUAAGGAUAGUAUCACUUUUGAGAUUCUUCAUGUGGUGAAAGAGGGUCAGAGCCAACACGGCCUCAAACAUGGAGACUAUCACCGGUACAGACAGUACUGCUCGCGACGUCUUCGGCGGAUCAGACGGUCGUUGAAUUACGUGCAG